AUGUUAGAAAGGAAAAACCAACGGACAGUUAUACAGGAAAAUAUCAGUGAUUCAGCUGUGCACGAUAACGCCGCUUUUCGACCGGUCAGUGUGAAUGAUAAGGAAACUGACGAAGAGUCUUUUGGUGAACAGGAUGAAAAUUCAAAUCCAAACAGCAGCGCAGAGAAAAGAUCAUUUGAUGAAGUUAAAGUAUUGAAAGGUUCCAAGAAAUAUGCUUCUUGUGAGAUGAAAUUCAAUACAUUUCAAGUGAAUUGGACCAAGGUCAGUGACGGUAUUCUUGAUCAUCUGCAGCAAAUGCAAGAUUUCCGCAACGAAAAUUCAAGCCAACGUGUGCCUUCAUCCCUACAGAUUUCAAAGACUGACUUGAGUGGACUGGCGAAUUCUGUAGUUGAUCAGUUAAGAACAAUUGACCAUCGUAUUCGAGCGGACGUCAUGGAAAGUGCGGCACGGCAAAUUAUCAACAAGUUUCCUUGUAUGAACUUCGUAGACGACGACGGAUUCGGGACAGGAACAGGUUAUGUAUGGUUGAAGCACAAAAUGAUAAACCGUAAUACUUAUCUGAACCGUUACAAAGCACCGAAUCAACCAAAAGCUUCUACUACAGAAAUCAGGCGAUAUCGGAAUUUGCGAGCUGGAACAACAAAGGAAUACUGGCAAAAAUCAAGUCAAAAUUGUUCCAAAGAAGUCCUCUCGAUUCUUUCACGGAACGAACCGGAGUUCCUGACGAAUGAAUUUCUAGAAGCAUCUCAAUCGUAUGUUCGAUAUCGCUUCGACGAGGAUAAGCCACUGAAAGAUGUUUUGACAAGCCUUCCUGUAUUGAGACGAAGAUGUCUUCUGAAUUACCACUUUGAGAGUGCAACGGGCGUGACAGCGGGAUCUUUGGAACAAUACUUCACUGCCAAACGAUCGAAAAUCAUCGAUUUUUCGAUGACAAAUCGCAAAAUUGGACGUUUGCAUGCCAAUGCUUUGGAUUACGAUAUCUUCACAUUCCUUUGUCGUUCGUUGGGAGAAAAAAUUGAUGAUGUGAUUAUUUUGAAAGAAAUGGGAACGAAGCUUGAUGACAUUGCAACCGACUGUUCAGGACCAGUACUCGUCGCCAUAGACUGCGGAAACAACAAACGGGUGUUCUAUGUGUUUGCCGAACAAGUACCCUUGAGCGAAGGAACUGAAAAUGUUGUGGUCGCUGUUACGGACUUGAUGUGUGUUCACUAUGUACACAAUUUUAUGUACAUGAAGCAAGUAUCAAAAUUCAUGGAGUUCACUCAGGAAUAUUUUUUCAAAAUUCUGCCGACAACUGGAUCAAAAUCAAGUGCUACGCGUAAGGGACAGCAGCAGCGAGUAGUUAAACGUAUCAUCGAGGCCAUUACUAAUCACAUUCCUGAGAAGCAGUAG